AUGGCAGCGCAAAAAAGCCUGCGACCCCGACAAAAGGCUAUCCUGGAUUUCAUCCAACUGUUUCUUGAUGAAAAUGGCAUACCGCCUACGGUGCGGGAUAUUCAGAAAGGCUGCGAUAUCAGCAGCACCUCGGUGGUUGAUUACAAUCUGCGUCUGAUGGAGCGGGACGGCUACCUGAAGCGUCGCUCGGAAGUAGCGCGAGGUAUUGAGUUGCUGGAUGAGACCGGACAGCCGGUGACCAACGGCGCGGUUCGCGUCCAGAUUGUUGGUUACAUCGCUGCCGGUGAGCCGAUUCCGGCAUUUUCGUCGGAGGGAGGCGUUGCGUCGGUUGAGUUUGAUACCGUUGAAGUCCGGCCCGAGUUGAAGAAGAAGCACGGCACGCUCUUUGCUUUGUCGGUUAAAGGCACGUCCAUGAUUGACGCGCUGAUCGACGACGGUGACGUCGUGGUGAUCAAGCCAACCAACACCGCCCGCAACGGUGAGAUGGUGGUGGCGUGGUUGCGUGAAGAAGAAGAAGCGACGCUGAAAAAAUUCUACCGGGAAGGCUUCGCACGGCGGUUGCCAACGGCCACACACAGUCCAUGGAUACCAUAA